AUGGGCUCAGAAAACCAGCAGUACGUUGUGGAGGACGAAAUCGCUGCCUUCUUCUCCAAGACGUCGAUCCCCCGCGCAAGUUGCGAUGCAUUAGCCAGGGAGCUCGUUGACGGUGACCAAGUCGUUCCAGUCGCAGUGCAGGGAGCCUGCUCGUACACGGUAUACGCUGGACCAAACCUUGGCCACAUCGUUCAGUUUCGCCUCAAGACUCUCGGGCUGAAGGUGGAGACCGCGGCUCUUGCCCGACAGGUCUUCAACACCUUAGCGCCAGACGUAUCGUUCAAGCAACAGCUCGGCGAAGACUGCACGACACCUAGGCGGGAGCCUCUACUCGUCUACGUCAUGGCUCGUAUGCGAGGGAUAAGCUAUCUGGACUUCAAACGCUUUCACAGAUUUCCAGAAAACUCACCCGAGAGGAAAGCCUGUCAAAGAGCUUCAGAUGCUGCUCAUCGCGCUGCCCGACCAGCUUCACCGGUUAUCCGCGCCACGUUGGCGUCAUUGCCCAGCAUCUUCUCCCUUCCCAUGGUUCUUCUGCGCAAAGAUUUUGGGGACUGCAACAUCAUCGUGGGAGAGGAGUCAUGCCAUCUGGUCGGCGUCAUUGAUUGGGCCGAGGCCGAGAUUGGCCCCUUCGGCACUAACCUACAUUCACUGCAGAGUGUGAUGAGCAAGCUGGACCUGAGAAAGGGUCGGAUCAGAUAUGAAGACUACGAUGAGCUGGCGCGCUUAUUCUGGGAGACCUUGAGCGGUGGGGUCGGCGGACUGAGGGACAAUACUACCAGGUCUAUCAAGGCGGCAAUGGUCUUGGGGCUGCUGCGAUCUCGAGGCUUCACCAGCCGGCUUGCGAAUGAGCCUGAGGCGAGACCGAUCAGGAACGAUGACAGCGGACGAUACAAUAUGAUGAUACUCGAUGGACUGCUGCCGAACCCGGCUACGCGAUUCGAGGGGCUCGAAGAAUGGCUGAACGGAAUGGACACUGAACAUGAGUGA